CAACUUUAGAGGAGACGGCCCUCAAAUAGCUCCCAGCCAUCAGUGGGGUGCUUUGGGGGGACGUCACUCUGCACUGGGGGGUGUAUGUACGCAUGUGAUCGAUAUCCGGAGUUACAGGCGAUGAAGUUCAUGAUGACUGUUGGCCUUGGGUGGAUGAUAUAUGAUCGGCUGUUAGGCUUCCGAGCCGAUCGACUUGCUGGUCAUUAAUGCGCACUCUGCUGAUCGAAAUUGCGGAGUCCACUGAUCAUGACCAUUCACACAACCAGGUGGCUUCCCCCUCCUCUACUUACAUCUAGCUAGUUAGUCCCCAACAACAUCAACCAUUCCCCAUUGGAACAACUGCAGUCGCUGUCCAUCUCAGCUACCUAUAAUAAUAAUCAACCCGUAUUCAACCAUGCCUUCCUACAAGUUAUCCUACUUUGAUGCCAAGGGACGAGCGGAGGCGAUCCGAGUUGCGUUCCACUGUGGCGGGAUCCCGUUCGCCGACGAACGUCUGAGUCGGGAGCAGUUUGCGGAGAAGAAGGAGACCUUCCCGUUCGGCCAAGUGCCUGUGCUGACAGUCGACGACAAAACGAUGAUCCCCCAAGAAGUCGCCAUCCUGCACUAUGUCGGGCGGCUCACUGGUCUCUAUCCGAACGAUGCCGAGGAGGCUGUCAAGGUGGAUGUGAUCAUCAAUCUUGCUAAUGAUUUCUACAGCUCGAUGUCGGUCUUCUAUAUGCCAGACAACCCGGGCAAGGAGCACUUAAAGAAGAUGGUGGUCGACGACAAGUUGCCGAAGCUAUUUGGCUAUCUCGAGAAGUAUCUGGCCAAGAGCGGCACGACGUUCAGCGCCGGAAACAAGCUCACGAUCGCCGACUUGCGGCUCUACUCGAUCAUCUCGAGCUGCCAAUCCGGCUUGCUCGACGGCUGCCCUACCCACAUCGUCGAUAAGUUCCCGCACGUCAUCAAGCUUCAUCAAGCUAUCGAUGCCCACGAGAAAGUCGCUAGCUGGAACAAGAACCAAACUAAAUGAUCUCCCGGCCAUCCGUCAUCCUCUCCGCGAUCGUCGGUAACACUCUCAAAAUUUGUCCUCAAAAUAAGAAGGACUAUCUUAUUAUUAUUAUUAUUAUUUUUCCCUCGUUGUCUCAAUAUUUUUGAUGUGUAACAAAACUUAGACGAUUGAGUAGCUGUAUUCAUGAGUCCAUUUCAUCUGCUGCUAUUUCUGAGAUGUUUUGAUGACGGGAUGUGCCUCUGAUAACCUCCUCAAGACAGACUGUUCCCAAUGUGAGGGCUUGUUAAUGUUUGAAUCAGUUCCACAAGUGUACACUCCAAUAUUGAGAAAUGGUAGCUUUUUUUUUCUCUUUUUUUCUCCAUUGGCAAGAUGAGUGCCAAAAUGUUCAAUCACCUGAAGAUCUGGUCACUUGGUUAUGGGUGCAUAUGGAAACGUUGCUGCACAUGUAAAUAAUUGGAUUCACGGGAAGCGGUGCACAUUGUUGCUAGAUUCUAAGUUCUUGAUGUAUAUUUCCUUAUGUAUGCAAGUGUCGCUUUGUUCAUUGUAAAUAUUAAAUGUUUGUCUUUUUGGGAAACAUUGUGACACAUUUAAACGGG